GAGACAUUUGCCAGCAGAACCUACGUCAUCGCUACCAGCACACGCUCGAGGGGAUCGCUGCGGCGGAAUUUAACAUUUCAAAAUGCUUCCAGCAAACGUAAUGUCGUUCAUGAAGAAGAUGGUUGCCACCGAUGAGGCAUCCCAUCAGCAACCAUCGAUGGAAAAUACGGGAGCCUUCGGGAAGCUGAAGCAAACCCUUUCCACGUCGCUGCUGACGGCACAGGACAGAGUGAACAAAAUGUCCCCACGCCCUUCGCUGGUGCCGGACGCGACGGAGACGACACCACAGGAUGACCCGUACAAGGACACGGCGGCAGUUACCGAGAAGGCGUCGAACGAGGGCAACAAGUUCAACACACGGUCCGGUUCGUGCCGGAUAUGUCUGAAAUCGUUUAAACCGAACGACUUCAAAAAGACCUGCGUCGAGUGUGAUCAGAAGGUUUGCGAAGACUGUGCCAGCUAUAGCAAACUACAAGAUUCGGAAGACUUGGAUCUCUGGCGAUGUAGCGUCUGUCGGCGAAAGAUGGCGUCCCGCAUUUGCAUACCCCAGGAAUCGACCGACUCCGCCCUGGAGGUGCCGGUCAUGGAGACGCUUCAGCGACGCCAUUCGGACAUCAAGCUAGGCUUCAACCAGCAUCUGGACGAUGGUAAGGGUUCCGCGCUGGCACCACCGCGCAGUCCCGAGCUACGCCGCCAUUCGGACGUGUCGCCGGCCUCGCUGAAGGAGUUGGAAAAGCUGAAAGGUGGUCACAGUGCCGCACCGAGCCGAUCGUCCAGCCCGCCCGGCCGGAAGGAGAUGGAACUGGGGACACCGCGCGUCUUCUCCCGCCGGCCCUCGACCAAGAUGUCCCGCCAGCGGAGCUACGACGACGAGUUCAAAACGAUGAGUUCCGACACGAAUCUGGCCGAGGCGGGCCUCAACUUGCCGCCACCGAUGCCGCGGCGAAAGUCCGCGUACGACGUGUACGCACCGGGCGUGCUGGUAAAUGCGAUGCAGUCGGUAAAGCUGGCGCCGGACGAUCCGGACAAGAUAAGCACAUCGCGCCGCUCGUCGAUGAAGAUGAUGGCGGAUGGGAACGAGUUCGGUGCGGAUGAUCACACGGUGGCGGAUAUGAAAGCGGCCGGUCUGAUCGUGGACGACGAUCGGCGACACAAGCGACGUGGAUCGCAGCUACCCGACAUUCCGGCACUGAAAGACAAAACUGCCCAGAACUCUGCGAACAUAUCAGUCUAUCAGUGUCCGGCGUUGGAGGAUUUGGAAGCACCCAAGCGGCAGACAUCGCUGGACGGCGAAGGUAUCAAGAUCGUGAUACACGAUGCAGACGCUGGACCACUGUGUGCCGCCAAACGGAGCGUCCUAUUGCGAAGAGAUCCCUCCGACAAAGCGCACAGAACACGAGGAUUUGGAAUGCGUGUAGUCGGUGGCAAAACGGGUGCUGACGGACGACUCUUCGCCUACAUCGUGUGGACCGUACCGGGUGGACCGGCCGAAAAAGGAGGUCUCCAGCAGGGUGACAAGAUUCUGGAAUGGUGCGGUACCUCGCUGACCGAUCGCAGCUUCGAGGAGGUGUGCGCCAUUAUGGAUCGCACGGGUGACACGGCCGAGCUGCUGGUCGAGCACGCCACCGACUUCAAGAUGUGCGAGCUGUUAGACGAGGGCGGCAUGGGCAUGAACGUUGGCUCGACUUACGGCAGCACAUCACCAGCAACAUACGCUAUAAACUUUUUACUUUGCCCUUUCUUUUCUCGCGCAGAGAGUGAAUCAACGGUGGACAAAUCUCCCUCUUCGCCGACCAGACGCAAAUUGCCUAAAACACCGGAACAGAUAGCAAAGGGCAAGUUAGUGUCCGGUAGGGUUCAGGUGCAUGUUUACUAUCACGGCGAGCGAAACGAACUUGUCGUUUCGGUGAUGGCUGCCGAUGACCUGCCGGAGCGCGAUGAAUCGCUGGGCUAUGGCAUGUAUCCGGAAGCCUAUGCGUCGAUCAAGUUGCUACCCAAAACGAACGAAUCGCAUGUCGCCCAGACCGAAGUGUCCACUCCCUCUCUGAAUCCCAUUUGGAACGCGACCAUUACCUUCCAGGACGUGUUCAGUGACAAUCUGUUAGACCGUAAGAUAGAGAUAGUGCUGUACGAUCUGUUGCCCCACUCGGAGCCGAUCUUUCUCGGCGAAUGCUCGGUGAAGCUGCAGAAAGCCUGCCUGGACGAUGUGGCCGUCUGGUACCGGCUGGAGGAUCCGAACCAUCUGCGCGGUUCCGGCCCGGUACCGCCCGCCCGCCUCCGACGCCGCUCCACCACCACCUCCCAGAGCUCGAUCGACGAAAGUUCCGCCUCGUUCGGACGGUACGGCAGCAUCGAGAGUUCGCGCUUCCAGCGCUCGAUCUCGGACGAUGUCGACAGCCUGGACGAGAGCCGGUACCUGCUGCAUCCGAACUGGUCGGUGUCCGGGAGCAGGCGCGGCUCGACCCAGUCGGAAAUACAGAUGCAAACGCUCGAGGUGCACCAGAUCGGCAAGGAUUACUCGAAAUCGUUGCCCGGUUCGCGGCGUUCGUCCUUUCAGGACACGAAGGAUCAGCUUACGGUGGGGCCGGCCCACUACUCGCGCCGCUACUCGACGGGCCGCACGGGCGGUGCGGGCAGGGGUGAAGCGACGCCAGAGCGGAAGCUUUCCUUCGGUGGCACGAUCGGGGGCAUCGGGAGCGGUGGUGGUUCGCGAACCGAAUUUAUGCGCACCAUGAGCCUUUCGCGGGAGCUUGAUUUGAAGAAUCGCAAAAAGAAGCGACUCUUCUCGUAAUGGAGACACUGCAAAUCUAACGCAACGAAACUACUCACACGAAUAUUCGAACGAAAACAAAACAACAACAUAAACGACACCGAAGCACAAUCAAGCAAAGCGCUCCCCAAAACGGCAAACAGCCAAACAUUGGGCGGCCGCCCAAAACACAAACGGUUUUGAAACUUAGACAAUGAGAGCAUGAAGUUGAUGGUGAAGGAUGUUAAUGGUUCAAACAAACACUCAAACACACACGCACACACCAAGCGUAACAGUAACAUUUAGGAAGAUGAAAUGCAAAAUUCCCUUAGCGCACGUUUCUGACCCCACGGCCCCGGGGGAGGGGACCGUGCUCUUUAUCAACGGUUGCACGACAUGCGGAGGCACAGUUUGUGGAUGCAUAAUUAUACACAUUCAUCAUCCUUUCUCGUUUAUAUCGGGGUGUGUUUUUUGCCGUGCGACCAUGUCCGCGCGCGCGCGAUCCAUUUUACAAGAUUAUAUACAUACACAUAUAUACAUAUAUAUAUAUCAUGUUUUUGUGUAGCAAAUAUUUCAAAAGUUUACAGAACAUCACUUUCAACAUAUGUUACAUUACGUAGGUGAAACGCAAAACGAAAUAAACCACACAAUCCGGUACAUUAA